UUAAUAUCGUGCUUCUGAAAGAUGCUGCAGCCCGGGAGAUCAAAGAACCAUAAAUCCAGCGCAGCCCCUCCUCCGUGCCCUGUGGUAGAACCACUAGACCUCACUCCUCUUCCAGAGCCUGGGAGUUCUGGCUUCCAGCCCUUCACUGCUCUAACCACCAGACCCCACUCCCCUGCCUGAGCUGGGACUAGCUCCCCAGCAGGAUGCGGUAGCUGACCCGUGGGAGGGGAGGCUCAGACUCCCUUGAGGACGUGCUGGUUCACAUCUCGCACGAGGAAGUAACGAUUGCAUCUCUCAUCCUUUCUGCGUGGAUUUCCGAGGAGAGGGACCAGUGGGGUUUCCUGGAGCGCAGCCACAGCCACAACAUAACCAGCCGCCUGGGUACAGGAAACUCACUCCCCAGCUGGGACUCAGGAGACCAGCCAACAGCUCGUCCCUGACACAUCACUUGGGGUGGCUCCCAGCCUGGACACCUGGGUUCCAGCCCUUCUGCAGGCUCCCAGUGCACUGGCUGCUGGAAAGGAGAAGCCGAGACGAUGAGCGCGACCAUUUGCACCCCGGUGGUUCUCACCGUCUACAUCUUCACCUUCCUGAUCGGUCUCCCGUCCAACCUCCUGGCCUUCUACACCUUCCUGGUGAAGGUCCGCCAGAAACCCACCCCCGUCGACAUCCUUCUCCUCAACCUGACCAUCUCCGACAUCUCCCUCCUCAUCUUCCUCCCCUUCAAGAUGGUGGAGGCCAUCUCAGAUAGGGCGUGGACCUUGCCCGCUUUCCUCUGCCCACUCACCAACUUCUUCUUCUACAGUAGCGUCUACAUCAGCUCCCUCUUCCUCAUGGCCGUCAGCAUUGAGCGCUACUUGGGCGUGGCCUUUCCCAUCAAGUACAAGCUCCGGCGCCGGCCAGCCUAUGCCACCGCUGCCUCCGUGGUGUUCUGGGUGGUGGGCUGUGCCCACUGCAGCAUCGUCUACAUUGUCCAGUACCAAGACCCGAGCCAGAACUGGACUGCACCCUUCAACAACGCGUCCAACUGCUACGAAGAUUUCUCCCCUAGGCAGCUCCGGGUCCUGCUCCCUGUCCGGCUGGAGCUCUUCCUGUUCCUCUUCUGCCUCCCCUUCAUCGUCACCAUCUUCUGCUACGUCAACUUUGUCCGUAUCCUGGUGGCCCUGCCCAACAUCCCGGCCCGGAGGAAGCAGCGGGCCGUGGGCCUGGCCGUGGCCACCUUGUUCAACUUCAUAGUCUGCUUCGCCCCCUACAACCUGUCCCACGUGGUGGGCUUUGUCCAGAACAAGAGCCCCUCCUGGAGGGUGUACGCUCUUCUCCUCAGCACCCUCAACGCUGCCCUGGACCCCGCCAUCUUCUACUUCUCCUCCACUGCUGUCCAACGGGCCUUCACCAAGUGCCUCGCCGGCCUGUGGCACAAACUCAGCGCCUUCAUGGCCCGGUGCCAUCUCCCCUGCUUGACUUGCUGCGGGGAAGGGGGCAGAGAUGUGGAGGCGGCCAGUGGGGACGAGGCUGAGGGUUCAACGACUUGACUCCCAGGGUGAGACCAACUCUCUGUUUCCUCCGCAGAGCUUCCUUGUCCCAUGCGUCGCAAGAGAAAGAGAUCCUGCACCUCAGCCAGGGACGGCAUCUUCUGUCCUUCCCUGCACCACCCGAGAGUAGACAGCAGCACGUGGCAGGGCUUGGAGUUGGUGCCCAACUUCCACAAGGCUUUGGCCUACUUGAGCUUCUAUGUGGUUGGCUAAACUUGGCUUCAGAGGGCUUUGGUUGACCUGAAGUCGGGGUCGCCAUGGUGUCAAGGGCCACAACCGAGCAGUUGACCAAGCUCCCACCGGACUUUGGCUUAC